UUUUAUAAAAUUAUAACGAACGACUUUGAUUCUGUUGAAUUUAUAACAAGUUUGAUAAAUAUAUGGUCUGCAAUUACAGUGAAUGACAACCUGCGCGUAUUCCUGGCGUCUUAACGUAUAUUGCAGGUGCCAAUAAGUGUUAAAAGUAAAUCAGAAUUACAAUAUUAAGUAUGUUUGGACAAUCUGGAAAUACGUCAUUCAGUGGUUUCAAUACAGCAACGCAAUCCAGUCCUUUUGGACAAUCUGCGUUUGGUAAACCAAUCACUACAACAAGUUUUGGUACUGGUGCUGCACCAGUCUUUGGUAGCAAUAAUACUUCGCUCUUUAGUUCAAAGCCUGCAGGCUCUACCACUGGUGGCUUAUUUGGCAAUACUACAACUCCACCUGCGUUUACACAACCUUCUUUUGGAGGUUUUGGAACAAAUACAAAUACAAACACCAAUUUAUUUGGUACACAGCAGAAUGCAAGUGCAAAUUUGUUUGGACCAAGUACUGCAACUUCAGCAUUUGGUCAGUCAAAUAAACCAGCUGGAUUUAGUUUUGGUCCUACAUCUGGAACAAAUUUAUUCGGACAACCUCAACAAUCAACUCAACAAACUACUCCUUUUGGACAAAGUAGUACUACUGGAAAUACUAAUUUAUUUGGUGCAACACCUGGUUUUGGCAGUACAAAUACAGCAACUACAAGUAUGACUGGCACUGUUGUUAAAUUUACUCCCGUGAUUACUACCGACUCUAUGUCCAAGAAUGGUAUUUCUCAUACUAUAUCGGCGAGGCAUUGUUGUAUCGCAUCAAUGAAGGAAUACGAAUCAAAGUCUUACGAGGAGUUACGUUUUGAAGAUUAUUCUGUGGGACGAAAAGGAUCCAGCACAGGAAUUUUUGGUGCAUCAGCGCAGCCGUCACCUUUUGGCAAUGCAGGGGCAGGUACUAGUACUGCGACAACGGCCUUUGGUGGAAUGAGCGGGAGUUUUGGAGCAACCACACAAUCUGGGCCAAGUGGCUUAUUUGGGAAGCCUAUAACAAGUUUUGGGACACCAUCAACAACAACAACAAACAAUUUUGCUUUUAAUUCUACUCCGAGUACAAAUCUAUUUGGUAGCAGUACCCAGAAUAAACCUUUUGGUUCAGCAGCUCCAGCACCACUUUUUGCAACAAGUAAUACUAAUCAACCUGCUAGUGCAGCUUUUGGUGGUAUUAAUACAGGUCAAAACACUGCUUUCGGUUCCACAUUUGGUUCAACACAAUCAAAUCAGAAUAUUGGUUUGUUCAAUCAGAACAAAUCAGCUUUCAGUGCACCCUCUACGUCAUCUAGUUCCGCAUUUACCAGUUUCGGCCAAACUCCAUCGAGCAAUACCGGUACAACUCUUUUCGGUGCGAAGUCAACUGGAGGGAUAGGUUUCGGAACAACUUCUACUUUUGGUUCAAAUACAGCGCUGACUUUUGGAACUACAACAGGUUUCACUGCAGGUCAAAACUCCGGUACUUCGUUGUUUAAUACAUCUUUUAAACCUGUAGGACAAACAUCUGGAUUCUGUUUUGGUUCAACUUCUACACCAUCCUCCGGACUUGGUACGAAUACAGGUUUAUUGGGUAGUGGAUCUACUUUAUUUGGACCGCAAAAAGCAGGUGGUUUGUUCGGAAACACUGGUAAUAAUACAACAUUUAAUACGUCGGGAUCAUUUGGAUCUUCAACCUUCGGAACUAAUACAAAUGUGGGCACGGGUAUUGGAACUGGAUUACUUGGUGCUGGAAACACCACCAAUCAAACAAAGAGUUCUGGAACUGUGCCAGUGCAUCAACAAAUUUUAGCUUUGGUGUCUGCACCAUUUGGUGAUUCGCCGUUGCUAAAGAAUCUUUUACCGGCUUCUGGUAAAAUGGAAGAGUUAUUAAAACCAGCAAACGCUCCUUCUAAACUAUUGAAUGGUCCACAAUACAAGGUUACUACUGAUAACAAAUCUCCGAAAAUUAAGGCUAAAGUUGUUACUCCUGCACAAUUAUCUAAGAAGUCAAUGUUCGAAGGUCUUGAAGAGGAAGAUCCACUCUCGGAAGCAUUUCAGCCCCGACCAAAUGCAAAGCGUUUAGUGCUACGUCCAAAAUCGAUAUCAAACUCAAUAGUUUCAUCACCUACCGAAAGUUCGCAAAAUGUAGGAAAAAACUUACAAUCUUCUGAUAAGGGAGAAGGGAGAUCGCCUGUAACAGAUUCGUACAUUGAAAAUACAAUUAUCGAAACUGUAGAUAAAGAAAAUCAUAGUCAAGAUAAUAAUCGACAAUUAGUAAAUGAUAGAAAGUCGUCUUCAUCUUGGUUGAAAACGAGUAUUCCACGAAACACAUCGAUAAAAAAUUUGAACGACGAAUCAUUCGAAGGACAGCGUUCACUGUUCUCCGGUUCGAACGCAUUGUCUGAUGAAAUGAUAAAUAAUACUGUUACCGAGUUGCGACCUUAUGCUAACACGAGCCCAUCAAAUCAAAUAUGCUCUGAAAUUAAUUCUUCUGCGGAUACGUCCUUAAAGAAUUCGUCUCUUGUUGAUAAAUCAUGUACGGAUAUCGUAACCCAAAAUUCUGAUUCGAGCCAGGAAUUGGAUGAAAGUUCCUUUUCGACGUUACAAACUUCAAAUUGGAAAGCAAACACAGCAAAUGUAAUAUUAAAACGUGCAGGUUACUAUACAAUUCCGCCGCUUGAUAAAUUAGACGAGUAUAUUUGCGGCGAAACAUGUAUUGUCCCAAACUUCACAGUUGGUCGCGAAGGUUAUGGAAAUGUGUAUUUCCCUGAAUCAUUUGAUAUAUAUGGUCUCAAUUUAGAUGAAAUUGUACAUUUCCGACACAAAGAAGUUAUCAUUUAUCCAGACGACGAAAAAAAACCACCUGUCGGACAAGGAUUAAACCGUAAAGCGCAAGUUACUUUAGACCGAGUGUGGCCACACGAUAAGUCUCUACAUAAGCCCAUUACCGACCCUCGUCGAUUAACUGCAAUGGAUUAUGAAGAAAAGUUACGAAGAGUGUCAGCGAAACAUGAUACUAGAUUCUUGGAAUAUCGCCCUGAAACUGGUUCAUGGGUUUUUAAGGUAGAUCAUUUUUCUAAAUAUGGCCUGAGCGAUUCAGACGAAGAAGAUAAUAAUGUACCUACAGCGAAUGACACUAAAAGGUUAAAAUUAUGCGCCGGAACUCAACAAAAAUACACGAACAAGUUGGAACAAUCGAAAGUUGCAAAUAGGGAUAUUUCCAUGACUAAUGAUUCGAAAAUUGGAAGUGCAGAUUGUUCAGAUUUGGAUGCAUGUGGAUUUUUUUUCACAUGUAGGCCAUUUAGAGUAGAAGAUCGUAAGCGCGAGAAACGAUUACCAAUAAGUCCUACUGGAGAUAAUGCUCGUAUUUUGGGUACUGACAGUCAUAAGUUACAAUUAAUGAAAGCUAGUUUUUUCGACGAUAACGACGAAAAGAUUAGUGAGACUUAUGAUCAAGAAUCGGAUCGUGCAUUAUUUCUCUCUGGUCAUAAAAGUUCUUUACGAUGUUUCAUCAAUGCUGUUCAAAAAUUGGAUGAAGAUCGAAAUUACGAACCAUCUGUUAGUCCGAUAUUACGAUCAAAUUUGACAAUUUAUCGUACGCCGACGAUCACUUAUGAAGAACUAGAAUUUUCGAAAACAGAUCCUGAAUUGAAACAUUUGAAACAUUCGAUGGAUGUCAUUAGUACGAAAUCAUUGAUAUAUGAAAAAGGUUUGCCGGAUCCUUCGAUAACUCCUGUAACUACAAUUCUUAAGUGGGUUUCUGAAGUGAUUCCGUUAUCGAAAUCUAUCAUACAUAAGCUAGAAUCUCGUUCCAUUGCUGAUACUGGCAUACAAAUGGGAAGAAUGUUCAAACCAAGUUGGGGACGUGGUUUAACAUUACUUACAUUGAGUACGAGAAGUCUUGCUGACUGUGUACCAUUAAGCAGUUCAUUUGAACAAAUUGGAUCUUAUGUAUGCGGUCGUUCUGCAGAAGAUACAACAUCGGUUGCAAUAGUCCAACGUAUACAAAUUUUAGGUGGUAAUGGAACCGAUGCUGAACGCAUUAAAAUAUUCAAAGAAAGUAUAGAAGGUCAUCUAAAAAUUCAAUUGUCACACCGUGUAAUGAAUCAAGAAGGAGAUUGCCCAAUUUUUGAUGUAGAUACAGAUAUUAAUAAGGCGAGCAUGGCUUUACACGCACAUUGUAGUUUAGCCGAAGAAUUUGCGGAGCAAUUUGCCACAGAUUGUUUUGCUUCGUAUGUUGCUAAUGUUUGGAAACUCUGCGUAGCUCUUUGGGGGAUCUUGCCUGAUGUAAAUGUUGCCGCAGAAAAUCCAGAAGAUCAUAGUGUUGUAAUGGCGCGACGAGAGGCUAUUGGAGAAUGGUUAAGGAACGUUAUACGAAAAACACCUGUGUGGGAAAAUACGGAUAUUAGUAAUGAAACAAAAAUAUUGUUUUUACUAUCUGCUUUUGAGUUAGAAGAAGCGUGUAAAACUGCACGAGAAGUGGGUGAUCAUUGUUUGGCUUUAUUGAUGGCACAGUUAUGCAGUGGAAUGCCUAUAAAAGUAUUAAUAAAGCAGCAAAUUGCAUUAUGGCAAGAUGCUGGUGUUGAUGAAAACAUCUCGUUAGAUCGAUUAAAACUGUUUGCAUUGGUGGCGGGUGAACCUCUUGUACCCAGUAAACAUGGUCUUAUUAAUGUCUGCGAAGCUUUCGAUUGGAAGAGAGCGUUAGCUGUUCAUUUGUGGUAUUUUUCAUCCCCGAUUGACUCGAUAAGAGAUACGUUAGAUAUCUAUGAGACCUCUUUUGAUACAAGCAAGAUAGCAUAUGCUUAUACGGUAAUACCGAAACCCGAGUACAAAGGAGAUGAUUACGAGCUUGAACUAAAUAAUGGGAAACCAAUAUACGAUCUUUGUUUUCAUCUUUUAAAGUUAUUUUGUACUGGCAAUCAUACACUAGGAGAAUUAUUGAACCCGGCAACACAUACUGCCGAUCCAUUGGAUUAUAGGCUCAGUUGGUUGAUGCAGCAAGUACUUUUAGCUUUGGGUUAUUCGCAUUUAUCGGAACACGUUGCCAUUUUGACACAUGUUAAUUUCGCUACACAGUUAGAAGCAUAUGGCCUUUGGCAUUGGGCUAUAUUUGUAAUGUUACAUCUAAAGGACGCUGGAAAAAGAAAAACGGCAGUAAUGAAUUUGCUGCAACGUCAUGUUGAAGUAGACGAUACUGUUGAUUUUCCUGAUCCUAUCGAACGAGAAAAAUUUUUACGAGAAGAGCUAGGUAUACCUUCGAUAUGGAUUCACCAAGCCAAAGCCGUCAAAAGUUACGUAGCUAAAAGAUAUGGCAAAGCGGCUUUUUAUUUUAUUCAAGCAGAACAAUGGAAUACGGCUCAUGAGAUCAUCAUCGAGCAUUUAGCUGCAGAUGUUAUAAUAAACGAGAAUUAUGAUUAUCUACGCGAUUUAUUGCGUCCACUGAUUCCUCCAGAAUGCAAUAGCACCAUAAGUGGUUGGACCUAUCAAGGACAAUUACUUUGGGAAUAUAUGGAAAUAACUAUGGAUGUGGAAUCUUUAUUACGUAGUGCUGACCCACGUGGAAUAAAUUCCAAAUUAGAAUCGUUAAAACAACGAUUGGCAAGUCUUCCAUCCAAAAUCAAUCAAUUUCCUUGCCCAACUGCUAAAUAUAGGCUUUGCCAAGCAGAAAUUGCAAAGAGGACAUUACAUUUGGCGAGAAGUUUGUUGCAAUCAAACGAAAGUAGAUCUACACCGAUAUUUCAACUAGUGUCACAGUUGCCAUUGCCUGAAGAUUAUGCGCAACAAGAACUUCGCCCGAUCGUUAAUAUGCGCGCAAAUGAAAUUAUAUACCAGGCAGCAUAAUUGUUUAUUAUGGAAAUUCAUAGGCAAUUACAUUCACGAUUAACAAGCUUUCCCUUUUAGAUAAAAUAAAUAUUCGUGGACUUUUAUUUUCUGAUUUUGUAAUAAAUAACUUUACGAUGGUGUAUAAUGGUAACGACCAUAAUGGUGAUAAUGAUUGUAGUAUGAAUAAUUAUAACAAUGAUGAUAAUAAUGAUAUUAGAAAUAACAGUGGUAAUAAAAGAUUAAAUAGUUAAGAUUUAUAAUCUUUACAAUUAAGGCCGUUUAUGCUAGUUUGUUACUUAAGAUAUUCUAUAUCUAUAGAUAUUUAAAUGAAUAAAUGAAAAUGAAAAAAGAAGUGGAAUACGUGGUGAGUAUUGUAAGCUUAGAUAUUCGAAUGAUUGUCUGAAUUGUUUAAAGUGCGUAAUUAAAGUAAGAAAAUGGAAAAAUUGUUAUAGUUUAGUUGUUUCAGUUACGGGAAGGAUCGAUUAUA